CGCCAAAUGUGAGAAAAAAAUUGAUAUCGAAUUACAAAAGCUUUAAGUUCUAUUUCUUGUUUUAUAAGAAACUGUAGAAAUUAAAGCGUUUUAUACAAAUAAGAUAGUAUUUAAUGAUUGUCGUCUGCUUUUGAAAAUUACUAAUCGCACUGCUACAGCAACAACGUAAACAACAGUGCAUGUUCGUUCAUAUUCUGGAAGUUUUAUCAGAAAAAGGCGAAGUUAAAGGAUAAAGAUGCCUCUUAUUGUGAAAGAUUUUACAUGGGAACAGACUGACAAAGUAGUUUUCAUUACAGUACCUUUGAAAGGUGUAAAGGCUAACAAAGUAGAUAUAUUCUCGUCAGAAGAAUAUUUGAAGGUAAGCUACCCUCCAUACCUGUUUGAAUGCUUGUUAUAUGCACCAGUUGAAGAUGGUGAUAGUGUUGCUCAGGUUGGAAACGGUGCAGUGGUUUUUAAACUCCUCAAGAAAGAGGGUGACAAAUGGCCUCAGUUACAGUCUGAUUUGGCAGAGGACAAAUCUUCAAUGAAAGCAAAAAGAGAGGAAGCAUUUGCAAAGGCAGAAGAAAAAGCUAAAGAACGUGAUAGAAGAAAAGCGGAAGAAAAGAGGGCCAAUGAAAAAUAUGUGCUAAAUGAAAUAAUGAAGGCGGAGGAAGAAGAGAGAAGUAGAAUAGAGAAAACUAAAGAAAGUGAAAGACAACAAGCUACGCAGGAACUAGAGGCCUGGAAGGAAGAACAAAGACUAGCUGCAGAGAAGGAGAAAGAGAGAUUGAUGGAGGAGAGACGUAAGGAGGAGGCCGCAGAGCGUGAAAAACGUAAAGAACAGGAAAGAAUCCAGAGACGACAAACAAGAGGUAAAAAAGCCAGUAUAUUUGAGGAAAAUGCUGAAGGUGCACCAAAGCGAGAAGUGGGUAAAAUUUCUGUAUCUUUCACACAUAGAGAAUUUCCUACACCAGAACGAGAAUCUGUCAGACCUAAAGAGGAAGAGUGGUUAAAGAAGCAAGCGGAGGCCAGGCGUAUUGUGGAAUUAGAAGAUGAAAAUUUAUCAGAGGAGGAAAAGAAUCCCAUGUGGCUGAGAGAUAAAGGGAAUGAGUUCUUCAAGGCCGGCAACUUGGAGGCAGCUAUAAAUGCAUACUCUCAUGCUUUGAGAUUGAAUCACACUCUACAUUCUUGUUUGUCAAACAGAGCAGCAUGUCAUCUUAAAAUGAGGAAUUUUUUUAAAUGUAUAGAAGAUUGUUCAAAGGCAUUGGAACUUCUUGUGCCAAAAGUUCAACAGAAUGCAGACAGUCGGCUAAAAUGUCACGUAAGACGUGGUACGGCACUUUGUCAGCUGGAAAUGUAUGUAGAAGGCUUGCAAGAUUAUGAGGCAGCAUUGAAACUCGAUCCGAACAAUGAGCAACUUCGUACAGACUCCGAGAAAAUACGACACAUUAUACAAACAGAGACCGUUAGUUGAUGAUUAAGAAAAAUCUAGUGUUAUAGUAACAAUUUAGGACCAGUUUGAAAAAAAAAAACAAACUAAAAACCAAGCUGAUCACAGCAGUAAUUGGCUUAUAUUUAAGGGGCAUGUUUUCAGUAUUACGUUUUCCUAAUUAAGAAACUACUUAAAAAGUAAUUUCUUAAAAUGAUUUGUUUGUAACUGUGAAAGCAACUGUAAAUGUAGUUGUAAAGGGAAAGUGAUUAAAUAGUUUUAUUUGCUGAAACCCAUGUAAUGUGUUCAUUUUAUAUGUCAUUUAGAAAAAAUUGAUGUCAGUUUAGAUUUAAGGUCACUUAAAAAAACUACAAGUUUAAAUGAUUUUUUUCCCUUAAAUUAGGCAAGAUUGACGCUAAUUUUCAAGUUUGUGAUUUACAGUAUUCAUGUUACAUUUUGGAUUGGGUUAAUUAAAAAGAUUUAUAAAA